AUGCAGGGAUUUGUUCCGGUCCCUCAAGGCGUUCAUGGGCCACCCCGCCGCGACUGGAACAACCAAGGCCGGUCACCACAGGCAUACGAAGGGCCCGAAUGGGGGAGAGACGGGCGGAGGUAUCCCGGGGGAACCCCUCCGUACAACGGCCCGGGGCCAGGAGGCCGCGGCGGUGGCCGUCCGAUCCUGGACAAAGCCGGAGGCAAAUUUCCUGGCGAUGGAGCUUUUCCCGCAGCCCCUGGCCAGCCUGGUCAGGUUCUGAACCGGACCCAAGGACAGGGCCAGAUGCAGAGUCAAGGAGGGGAAGGUGUGGAUCAGCGUGCGGGUGGUCGCGUUGUGCCUGGCGGUCUUCGCCCUCUGGCAGCCGGAGCUUCAAUUGCAGGUGCAGCAGGUGCAGGUGGUGCUGGAGUUGGGGUUGGUGCGGGCCCGCCUGGGGAGAAGGAGCGUGCCGUCGUCACGAGGCUGCAGCCCGGCUGGAAGACAGGUGAGCUCGUCACGCCUUGUCGUCAAAAACCGUACGGUGGUGCGUAUGGUGCUCCGCAUGCUGGUCCGCAGGGGGGAUCGUACGGUAGACCAUAUGGCGCUGCCAGUAACGCGUAUGGCCCGGAUAAGCCCAGCAGUGACGGUGCUCCGCCAGGGUUUGAGGGGCCUGUCCCAGGGUAUGGGCUUAGGAGCAGGUACCAGCCUGCGGGUAUGCUUGGCAGGGGCGAGAGAGGAGGGGGAAGCGGGGGCGGCAAGGGGUGGGAACGAGGCGGAGGAGAGAGGGGAGGAGGGUAUGGGCGGGGUUUGGGGGCGCGAGGAUUUGGGGGUGGUAUGGGGAGGGGAGGAGGUGGCGGUGAUGGCGGAUAUGCUCCUGGUGCUGCCCCCAGACAGAGGCCACGAGGAGAGGAUGACUCUGCACGCAAGCCGUACGUGCCGGGAGCGCAGCUGAUGGUGGAGGACUCGUUCAACGACGAGACGUUUGGAGGGAGCAGCAGAGAUGCCAGGCGGAUGGAGGAAGAGAAGAGGCGUCGCGAGGAGUUUGAGCAAUUCCGCAGGGCGCAGCACCAGAAGCAGGCAGGCGGGCCACAACCACCGGGACCCCACGCCCUCUUUCCCCUCACCUCCACCACCACCACAGCCGCUACAGCUGCUACAGCCGCCACAGGCGCAGGAGCCCCUCACGCGGCCCCUCACAGGGCGCCGCUGUCUCAGGCAGAGCUGCAGCGCAGGAGGCACGACGAGGACUCUCUCUGGGACUCCCCUGCCCUCUCAGCGGAGCAGCAGGGGCGUUCCGCGUAUCCAGACGACGCAGCAGCUGAGCAGGAGGACGAGUCAGAGCCCCUCGCAUCGCCCCGUGCCACAGAGGAUUCGGAUCUGGAUGUGCAGUCAGGGGGGGCAUUGGCGGCAGGGCUGGCGCCGUCUGUGGCGGCGCUCAUGGGCCUGGCGCCCGCAGCUCCGCCUGGCUUUCCCGCUGCUGCUGCGCUGGGGAUGAAUGCACCCGCUGCUGCUGCUGCUGCUGCUGCUCCUGCUCCUGCUCCUGCUGGUGCGCCUGGGGUGGGUAAGUCUGCAGGUGGCGGAGGGGGCGAGGGAGAGAAUCUGGUGGCGUGGCUGGGAGGGAUCAUGGCUGGAGCAGGCGCUGGUGCGGGUGCUGGUGCAGGCGCGGGUGUUGGUGACAGUGCUGGUGCUGGGGGAACGGUGGUGGCGCACUCUUUGAGUGGGCUUGCUCCUUCUGGGAUCCCACCUGCCUCUGCGUCUCUCUCACUGGAAGACGUUGAGAGGGAGUUGCAGCAGUCAGCGCGUGGGGAUGAACUCAAGGAUCAAUUCAAGGAUCAAUUCAAGGAUCAAUUCAAGGAAGACCGUGAGUGUGAGCCCAACACGCCCGCGGGCGUGCUUGUGUUGAGUGACGAGAGCGGUGGUGUUGACAUGGGGAAGGGAGGAGGAGGGGAGGCGGGGCAGCGUCUCUCUGUGAGCGAUCUGUUUGCUGGGUCUGGGUCUGGGUUGCUGUUAUCAGGGGCUGAGAUCGCAGCAGGAAGAGGAGGAGGAGGAGGAGGGGACACGGUGGGUGGGUGGCCGGCAUUGUCUGGACGUGUAGCUCUUGCGUCAGACCUCGAGGCAGAUGCUGGGGUAGGCACAUCUGGGAUGGAUUCUGCUGCAGCUGUGAACGAUCCCGUUAAAGUCGAUGCCAUAGAUGCUUCUGCAGUGAGAGUGCUGGUAAAGGCCCCCAUGUCUCCCUCCCCCGCCCACCCUCCCAUUCCUGAAGGGUCUACCUCCCCCAGCUGGUCCCUGCCUCCAGAAUCAUCCCUCUUCGGUCCCUCCCCAGACAAGCAAACCAGAUUAUCCGCAGAAGUAGAAGCAGCAGCGUUUACAGAUGCCACAGCUGCAGCUGUUGCCCCUGACUUGCUGCUUGAUCCCUCGUCUUCUUCAGCUGCCGAAGCCACUUCUGCUCUUUCCAAGCUGCUUGCUGGCAGUGGCAGCGGCAGCACCACCAACAGCAGUAGUGGCCCAGGCACCGGCACGGGCAUAGGCAGCGGCGGCGCUGCUUUUCAGCAGCGCGGAAUCUGGGGAGGGAUGGGCUUUGGCGCGCUUUUGGCUGGGGGUGCAGCCGGCACCUCAGCGUUCUCUUCCGGUCAGGCCAGUCAAACCGGUCUUGACUGGUCGUCUGGGCCUCUUGGCUCCGCAACAGCAACGUGGGGGACAGUAGGGUCCGGGAAAGGGUUUAUGGAGGGUACGGCAGGGAGGGAGUGGGGCAGUGCGGAGGGUUCUGCAAGCAAGAGUGGGGGGAAAGAGAACGGGUUUGACUCGUCUUUGACGUCUGCUGCUGCCGCUGCUGCUGCUGCUGCGGAGGCUGCUGCUGGUGCUGCUCUGCUGUGGGGCGAAGGGGCAGAGGUGAGGGGGACACCUGAGGCAUUGUUGGAGCUGAUGCGAGGGGAAAAGAAGGGGCAGCAGCAGGCAGGCGGUGGUGGUGCUGUGAUGGAUGAGAGCUCUCAGGAGGGGUUGUCUGGGUUUGUCGGGAAUGGAGUGGGAGUGGGAGGGGGAGGGAGGGAGGGCAAGGGCGGGAGUGGUGACUCAUCGAGUGGAAAUGGUGUGUCGCUUCUGACGCAGCUGUUCACGAAUCCCAAGAGCUAUGAAUCGAGCACAUUGGGAGAGGGGGAGACGCUGGGGGCGAGGCUGGCAAGCAUUCGGAGUACCCUGCACCAUGCCACAGUUGCGCAACAGCCGGGCAGGCAGUCAGGCAUCCCUCUCCUCAGCCCACGAUGCAUCAGAAAUCGAGUCACUCUUAGAGGCUCUCUCCCAGAAAGCUGCUCAUUUCUCUCUCUAUCACCCCUUCCCUCCCUACCCGAUUCUUCUUUCCCCACUGGCCCCUUUGCAGGCACACAGGCAUCCCUCCCCUCAGCCCACGAUGCAGCAGAAAUCGAGUCACUCCUAGAGGCUCUCUCCCAGCAAGCUGCUCCGUCCGCUGCUGCAGCUGCAAGCAGCAGGGGAGAAAUCUCUUCAGCCGCUGUCGCUGCUCCCACCUCUACCUCUGUGGUAACCAGCGGUAACACUAGUGACGGCAACGGCUGCGGUGGCAGCAGCGCUGGUGCUGGCUUUGGCUGUGGUUUUCAGAGCAGGAGCAUACCCCUCUCUACCCUCUUUGCUCCCGAUCAAGCCACGCAUUCAGCAUCCGUGCCUAUGGCCUCUCAACCUGCAAGCACAAGGGGCAGCAGCACCGGCAUUGACAGCACCACCGGUGGCAGCAGGCGCGGAAGGGCAGCAGCAGGGGUUUGGAACCAGGCCGGGCCAAUGCACUCGCAAGAAAUCCCACACAUGUACUCAGUGUCUGCUCCUAUGGGGCUUGGACCACCACCCUCCCGCCCGGCUGUCCCUCUGGUGCCUGUGCCACCCUCGUCAGGUCUGCCCGUACCUCUGCCCAUGCCUGUGGGUCCGAGUCUGGAAGACAUUGAGAGAGGGGGAGGCGGGACUGGUGGCGGUGCUGCUGGAAUCUCCCUGCCGUUUCCUUUCCCCUUGUCCUCCCAGGGUCCUCCAGACCAGCUCGUGGAAGCAGAGCAAGGGGCAGGAGGGGGCUUAGGAGGGAGGGCAGGGGUGGGAGGUGGGGGCGGGUCGCUGCCAUUCCCUUUCCCCUUGUCCUCCCAGGGUCCUCCAGACCAGCUCGUGGAAGCAGAGCAAGGGGCAGGAGCGGGCUUAGGAGGGAGGGCAGGGGUGGGAGGCGGAGGGGCGCCGCUGCCAGCGAUGCCGUCGGCAGUGCAGUGGCAGAGCCUGGAGGAAAUAGAGGCGUCACUGCUGCAGUCAGCAGAAGGGCAGGAGCAGAGGCAAGGGCAAGGGCAGGGGCAGGGGCGGGAUGAAUACGUGGAAGCUUCGAGCUCAGAAAACCCUCAUGCGCCUGGUUUGGGGCAGCUGUUGGUGCCUGGACUGCUGGCUGCUGGUGAAGGUACGGGUCAAGGGGGGAAUGGGUCUGGCAGUGGCGCGCCGGGAGGGGCCUCUGCUGCUUCUAUGCAUCUGCUGUCAUUGCUGACUGGCGGGGCACAGGUAGGAGCGGGAGGUGGGACUGCAGGUGGAGGAGGAGGAGGAGGAGGAGGAGGAGGAGGAGGAGGAGGAGGAGGAGGAGGAGGAGGAGGAGGAGGAGGAGGAGGAGGAGGAGGAGGAGGAGGAGGAGGAGGAGGAGGAGGAGGAGGAGGAGGAGGAGGAGGAGGAGGAGGAGGAGGAGGAGGAGGAGGAGGGGAUGUUGGGGCAGAAGCAGCUGCAGGAGAGGCAGCUGAUGGUUUUGUUGCGAGUACUGGGGGUUCUGUGGUAGUGCGGGCACAGGAGGGCAAGAGCAGUGCGACUAGUGGUGACGACUGUAUCAACGGCUAUGUGUGUGGGCAUGAGGGCGUGUCUGGCAAUGCAGAUUCAGAUGCAGAUGCUGGUGUCGAGUCUGUUAGUAGGAAGAAGGAAAGGGCAUCGCCUGUUGGUGCUCCUGCUUCAGCUAAGGAGGUGGCAGCAGUUGCUGCUGAUAAGCAGAUAGCACCUGGCGCUGGUGAUAGCAGUGCAGCGUUUGUUGGUGAUAAGCAGAGUGCAGCAGGCGCCGUUAAGCAGAACGCCACAGGCUCUGGUGUAGAGCAGACAGGAGCAGGUGCUUCUGAGACUGCAAAUGCAGGUAGUAAGAGCGGGAAGGAGAAGGGUAAUAAGGAAGCAGGCAAAGAGGCGGGUCAACAGCCCUCGUGUGAGGAGAAAUUUGCUGUAGUAGCAAAGAGUUUGGCUGUAGCAGCAGAUUGGACAGUCGAUGGAGAUACCUCACCAGCAGCAGCAGCAGCAGCAGCAACCGCCGCAGCAGCUACAGCAGCAGGAGUAGAAGGGCGAGGGGGGGCGGAAAGAGAUGGUAAAGGUUCGUUUGAUGCGGUGCAAGGGAGGAAGGAGAUGGCGAAGCAGGAGCCUCGGCAGCAGCAGGUGCAGAAGCCUGGUAUUGUGAAGCGGUUGUUUGGGUUCUUCCAAAGCUCCCCUGCGCCUCCUGCACCACCUCCUGCUGAUUCUUCUGCUGCCGCUGCUGGGGCUGAGGAGGAGCCGAAGCAUCUGGGGAAGGACACGUCUGUUGAGGAUAGCAAUGUGGAGAGGGAUGAAAAGGGAGAGGAGUUUGUUCUGGGACACGAGAGCGAUAGAAAGGAGGAGCAGGUGAAGGCUGCUGGUGAAGGGAACGCGUUGAGCAGCAGCAGUGAGGGUGUGGGUGAAAAGAAGGCAGUGGAGACUGACACUGGUGGGGUGCAGAGUGGUGCUGAGGCGGAACAGAUGGGUGGAGAGGAAGGGGGCUUUGGGGGGCAGAAAGAGCAGGAUGGAAUGGCAAGCGUGCAAGAUACAGGCAGCCAAGGAAAGCGAUCGGGCAAUCAUAACACGGAAGAGCAAAACGAGAUGCAGCAGCAGAUGCAGCAGCAGCGGGAACAGCAGCAGCAGCAGCAGCAGCAGCAGCAGCCUACCUCCCCUCCCUCGCUCCCAAUGCUGUUCCCAGGGCACCCGUCCAUGUCCCCUUCUCCCCAGCCCCAUCCUCCCCUUAUGCAUUCUCCACAGCCCCAUCCUCCCCUUAUGCAUUCUCUCCCGCACUCGAUGCACUCGCCGCAAUCCAUGAUGAUGCACCCAUUCUCGCAGCAGCUGCCUCUUACUGACAUGCUUCAGAAGGCAGGUGAUUCCCGUCCACAUGCUGUGCCUGGUAGUGCCCUACCGCCCUGGCUCCCAGUCGAGCCAGGUCGACCUCCCGAUUACCAGCAGCAGCAACAGGACCAGCAGCAACAGCAGCACAACCAGCAGCAGCACCAGCAGCAGCAGCAGCAGCAGCAGAAUCAGCAGCAGCAGCAGCAGCAGCAACAGUUGCCUCCCCAUGCACCUAUCCAACAGCACCCAGGACUCAACUCCUCUCCCUUCCCGCCUGCCAUGCCAUUCCCCACCAUCCCGCCGCCAGGUCUCCCCCCUCCUGGCAUGUACCCACAUGCCAUGCUUCCCCAUGCCAGAGGCCCAUUCGCAUUCCUGCCUCACCACUUAUCUCCGCUUCCCCCCAACUACUCUUCUGCCUCCCCUUUCUCCUCCCCUCCCCCGUUCCCUGGCGCCCACCCCCCUGACCGCCCCCUUCUGCACUUCUUCCCCCCCCCUGGCGGUUCCCCCAGUCGCCUCCCCCAUGGCCCCCUUCCCCCUCACGAGAGCCAGCCAUUCAGUGCUGGAAUCAUCCCCCCCUCGUGA